GCGCCCCGCGGCGCGCGGCCAGUGCGCAGGCGCGGCGGCCGAUGCGAGUGUGUAUGUGCGGGCGAGAAGAUGGCGGCGGCGGGGGAAGCAGCGUGAGCAGCCGGAGGAACGCCGAGUCCCAUUGAAACGGGCAGCCAUGGCCCUCCACAGCCCGCAGUAUAUUUUUGGAGAUUUUAGCCCUGAUGAAUUCAAUCAGUUCUUUGUGACUCCUCGAUCUUCAGUUGAGCUUCCUCCGUACAGUGGAACAGUUCUGUGUGGCACACAGGCUGUGGAUAAACUACCUGAUGGACAAGAAUAUCAGAGAAUUGAGUUUGGUGUCAAUGAAGUCAUCGAACCCAGUGACACUUUGCCGAGAACCCCCAGCUACAGUAUUUCAAGCACACUGAACCCUCAGGCCCCUGAAUUUAUUCUCGGUUGUACAACUUCCAAAACAACCCCUGAUGGUAUCACUAAAGAAGCAAACUAUGGCUCCAUCGACUGCCAGUACCCAGGCUCUGCCCUCGCUUUGGAUGGAAGUUCUAAUGUGGAGGCGGAAGUUUUGGAAAAUGAUGGUGUCUCAGGUGGUCUUGGACAAAGGGAGCGUAAAAAGAAGAAAAAGCGGCCACCUGGAUAUUACAGCUAUUUGAAAGAUGGUGGUGAUGAUAGUAUUUCCACAGAAGCCCUGGUCAAUGGCCAUGCCAGUUCAGCAGUCCCGAACAGUGUCAGUGCAGAGGAUGCAGAAUUUAUGGGUGACAUGCCCCCAUCAGUUACGCCCAGGACUUGUAACAGCCCCCAGAACUCCACAGACUCUGUCAGUGACACUGUGCCUGACAGUCCUUUCCCCGGAGCACUCAGCAGUGACACCAGGACUGCAGGGCAGCCAGAGGGGAGCCCCGGGGCUGAUUUUGGUCAGUCCUGCUUCCCUGCAGAGGCUGGCAGAGACACCCUGUCAAGGACAGCUGGGGCUCAGCCCUGCAUUGGUACCGAUACUACUGAAAACCUUGGAGUUGCUAAUGGACAAAUACUUGAAUCCUCGGGUGAGGGCACAGCUACCAAUGGCGUGGAGUUGCACACCACGGAAAGCAUAGACUUGGACCCAACCAAACCCGAGAAUGCAUCACCUCCGGCUGACGGCACAGGCUCUGCAUCAGGCACCCUUCCUGUCAGCCAGCCCAAGUCCUGGGCCAGUCUCUUUCACGAUUCUAAGCCCUCUUCUUCCUCGCCGAUGGCCUAUGUGGAAACUAAGUAUUCCCCUCCCGCCAUAUCUCCCCUGGUUUCUGAAAAGCAGGUUGAAGUCAAAGAAGGGCUUGUUCCAGUUUCAGAGGAUCCCGUAGCCAUAAAGAUUGCAGAGUUACUGGAGAAUGUAACCCUAAUCCAUAAACCAGUGUCGUUGCAACCCCGCGGGCUGAUCAAUAAAGGGAACUGGUGCUACAUUAAUGCUACACUGCAGGCACUGGUUGCUUGCCCGCCGAUGUACCACCUGAUGAAGUUCAUUCCUCUGUAUUCCAAAGUGCAAAGGCCUUGUACGUCAACACCCAUGAUAGACAGCUUUGUUCGGCUAAUGAAUGAGUUUACUAAUAUGCCAGUACCUCCAAAACCCCGACAAGCUCUUGGAGAUAAAAUCGUGAGGGACAUUCGCCCGGGAGCUGCCUUUGAGCCCACAUAUAUUUACAGACUCCUGACAGUUAACAAGUCAAGCCUGUCUGAAAAGGGUCGACAAGAAGAUGCUGAGGAAUACUUAGGCUUCAUUCUAAAUGGACUUCAUGAGGAAAUGUUGAACCUAAAGAAGCUUCUCUCACCAAAUAAUGAAAAACUGACGAUUUCCAAUGGCCCCAAAAACCACUCAGUCACUGAAGAAGAGCAGGAAGAACAAGGUGAAGGAAGCGAGGACGAGUGGGAGCAAGUGGGCCCCCGGAACAAGACUUCCGUCACCCGCCAGGCGGAUUUUGUUCAGACUCCAAUCACUGGCAUUUUUGGUGGACACAUCAGGUCUGUGGUUUACCAGCAGAGUUCAAAAGAAUCUGCCACUUUGCAGCCAUUUUUCACGUUGCAGUUGGAUAUCCAGUCUGACAAGAUACGCACAGUCCAGGAUGCCCUGGAGAGCUUGGUGGCAAGAGAAUCUGUCCAAGGUUAUACCACAAAAACCAAACAAGAGGUUGAGAUAAGUCGAAGAGUGACUCUGGAAAAACUCCCUCCUGUCCUCGUGCUACACCUGAAACGAUUCGUUUAUGAGAAGACUGGUGGGUGCCAGAAGCUUAUCAAAAAUAUUGAAUAUCCUGUGGACUUGGAAAUUAGUAAAGAACUGCUUUCUCCAGGGGUUAAAAAUAAGAAUUUUAAAUGCCACAGAACCUAUCGGCUCUUUGCAGUUACAGAAAAGGUUUUAUGAUGGAUUGCUUGCAUGUUUGAAUUGAAAUAGCAUCGGUUUGUGUGAUGACGUCUCUCUGUCCCACCUGCUUUGGAGAGGGGCUUCACACAUAAGAUGCAUCCCUGGAGGGAAGUCGGCAGAGACCUGUGGUGGUGUGUGUGCAGUGCUGUUCUCACUCUGCCGCCUGCUGGGCUCUCUUGCAGUGGUCUACCAUCACGGCAACAGUGCGACGGGCGGCCAUUACACUACAGACGUCUUCCAGAUCGGUCUGAAUGGCUGGCUGCGCAUCGAUGACCAGACAGUCAAAGUGAUCAGCCAGUACCAGGUGGUGAAACCAACUGCUGAACGCACAGCCUACCUCCUGUAUUACCGCCGAGUGGACCUGCUCUAAACCCUCUGUGCGCUGUGUGUGCACCCAGUGCCCGCCUCGUAGGACGCCACCUCACACUCACUUCCCGCCUCUCUUUAGUGGCUCUUUAGAGAGAAACUCUGUCUCCCUUUGCAAAAGUGGGCUAGAAUGAAAAGGAGAUGCCUUGGGGUUCGUGCACAACAUAGUUUCUGUUGACUCUAACUUCCAAAUCAAAAUCACUUGGUUGAAACAGACUGUCGCUUGAUUUUAGAAAAUCCACAAAAACCCAUAUUUCUGAAAUAAUGCUGAUUCCUGAGAUAAGAAAGCGGAUUUGAUCCCCAGUCUCAUUGCUUAGUAGAAUAAAUCCUGCACCAGCAACAACACUUGUAAAUUUGUGAAAAUGAAUUUUAUCUUUCCUUAAAAAAGAAAUUUUUUAAUCCAUCACACUUUUCUUCCCUACCCUUUAGUUUUUGAUAAAUGAUAAAAAUGAGCCAGUUAUCAAAGAAGAACUAGUUCUUACUUCAAAAGAAAAAUAAACAUAAAAAAUAAGUUGCUGGUUCCUAACAGGAAAAAUUUUAAUAAUUGUGUGGAGAGAAACUGCUUACAUACACAUUGCAGAUCAAAUAUUUGGAGUUAAAAUGUUAGUCUACAUAGAUGGGUGAUUGUAACUUUAUUGCCAUUAAAAGAUUUCAAAUCGCAUUCAUGCUUCUGUGUACACAUAAUGAAAACUGGGCAAAUAAUGAAGAUCUCUCCUUCAGUCUGCUCUGUUUAAUUCUGCUGUCUGCUCUUCUCUGAUGCUGCGUCCCUAAUUGUACACAGUUUAGUGAUAUCUAGGAGUAUAAAGUUGUCGCCCAUCAAUAAAAAUCACAAAGUUGGUUUAAA